AAUUUUAUGUUUUCGACGGAAAACGUUUCGGUUAUUGUAAAAUUUAUUGUCAAUAAAAUAUAUUAAAUAUUAGAUAAAAUAUUUUUUUUUUUAAUUAGAUUAAUAUUUAAUAAUUUCAAACGCUUAUUUUAGCAUGAAGUUUCUGAGCAUCAAGGAAUUAUUAGCGAUUGGUGAAAUAAUAAUAGGGAGUUUAAGUUUAUACAAUUAUUUUCUAACCGAUUUCUAUGAUGAGAAAUUAUUGGACUUAACAUUAUUUAAACAUCGUUGCAUUUGCAUUUCACUUAGCUUUUAUUGCUAUUUUAAUGCCUGCGGUACUUGGUUCUGGUUUUCAAAUGUAAAAAUUACAAAAAUGUUAAAUCGUGUUCAUAAAGUCUUGGUUUAUCUCAUUUUAAAUUGUUUAUUAGUUGCCACUCACAUUUCGUAUAAAUCGAAUUAUGAUUCUUCAGUUUGGGGUUAUUUUGAUCAACAAAUAUUUUUCGAUGAAAUCGAGCGCAUACAAAGGAGUUUUUAUAUAAUUUUACUUAUAAUGACUUUAUGUGCCGUUGUUAUAGGUUUUAAUGUAAAUUUUAUACGUUUUCGGUUGCUGCAUUUGUUAAAAAAGAAAAAACGCAAUCAAGUUUAGUGAGCAUCGAGAGAUUGAGUUAUUAGGGUGGUAUCUAUCCAGAUUUCUGACAUUUACACUGAAAAUAAAACUUUGUUUUGGUUUUAUUAUAUUUAUUAUUAAAUUAUUCUGUUAUUACUUAAACACAUAUAAUAGUUGUGUUUUGUUUCU